ACUACCACGACCACCACCAGCAGUACUACUACGAGCAGCAGCAGUACCACAAGUAGCACUACCACGACCACUACUACCAGUACUACUACAUCAACCACAACAUCAACAACAAAAACAACAGCAACAACGGCGACAACUCCUGUACCAUCAGCAUACUACUGUCCAGGAACGAGUAUAG